AUGGCCAACGCACUGACCGUCUCCGUGGCCGUCGCGCCCGUGGCUUCCGCCGUUUCUUCCCUCGCCGCAUCGGCACGCUCCCGCGGCGGCCUGUGUGUGCGCCCGUCGCGUCUAGUCGCUGCGAGGCGCCUCCCCGCAUUGAAGAUCUCGGCCAAGUCGCAAGACGAGUUCAUUGAAGACCGCAAGGAGCGCGCGGAGCGCCAGGCGCAGGAUCUGAAAGGGCGCCUGGAGCACGCGCAGGAGCGCGGGGAGAAGGCGAGCGAGGAGUUCCGCAGCGAGGCGCAGCGCGCAGGCGAGCAGGCAUGGGAUCAGGCGGAGCACGCCGCGGAAGGCUUCCAGUCCCAGGCGCAGAGGACGGGGGAGAAGGCGCAGGAGAAAGGGCGCGAGGCGGGGCAGUGGGCGCAGGACACGGGGGAGAGCAUCCUGAGCGCGGGGCAGAGGUCCGCGGAGCAGACGCGGGAGAGGUUCGAGGAGCAGCGCGAGAAGGCUGCCCGCGCAGGGGAUGAUGCGCGCAACAAGGCGUCCGAGGCCGCUGACAGGCUGAAGCAGAACACGCAGGAAAGCUGGGACCAGACCAAGGAAGCUGGGGAGAAGGUUCGUGGCCGCGCUGGGGAGAUCGGGGAGAACCUGCGCGACCAGGCGCGUGAUGCUGCGCGCAGGGGGCAGGAGACGGGGGAGGAAGCGAAGGAGCAGGCGGAGGGGCUGAUGGAUCGCGCCAAGGAGGGCAUCAAGGGCGCGGUGGAGACCGUGCAGGAAGGCCUGCACGAGGGCUUCGAGCGCAUCCGCCACAUGGGCGAGGAAAUCACUGAUAACGUGACUAAAACGAAGGACGCUGCUGGGGAGAGGGUGUCGGGCGCUGUGGAGAGCGUGAAGGGGACUGUGGGCGAUGCGCAGAGCAGGAUCAAUGAGGGGGCGGAGAGGCUGAUGGGUGAGGCGGAGGAGCGUGGCGAGCGCGCUUCGGAUGAGCUGCGCAGCGCGCAGGAUGAUUUGAAGGAGGGGGCGAGGAAGGCAGAGGAGAAGGGGAAGGGAGCUGUGCGCAAGGGGGAGCGCAAGGUGGGGGAGGUCACUGACGACAUCAAGAGGAUGUGA